AGAGCCCCUCCUCCUCUUUCUGUGGGAAUCCCCUCAACAACGUGUUUGGUUCACAGAAAAAUAUUUUGACUUGACGGCGGUUUUGACUCUCUGCAGUCACCUGUGACUCACCAGUGGGACGCUUAAGGUACCCGAGUGGUCGUACAUGCCUCAUACACUAAAGCAAAUCCCCGAGAGUGACAUUUAUACGACGGGGAAGUUUUUACGACAGUUUCGCUAGCUAACGUUUAACCGAACGUCACGCUAGCGUAACUAGCUAGUCAUGCUAACGCAGUUCGGCAACCUCAACCUAUAAAUCCUGCCUGCUUCACCACUGGGAAAGGAGGGGGAGAAACUAUGGCAGAGCAGGGUUUUGAGGAUUUACAGCUGAGCCAGAAUCUACCCUUCAGCCAGGAUUCAUUUAAAGAGCUGUGGGACCAGCUACCUGUGGCUGAAUCUCUGUCUGUCAGUUUGGACACUAUUUCAGCUGUGAACAGCAGUACCGGUCACGAUGAAACCUGGAGGCCAGAUGGCACCAUGGAUAUGUUUCAGCUGAUCAAUGAUCAGCAAUUAGCUGAACAUUUCGAUGAAAAUCUCUUUGAGCUGCCAAAUGAUGCUUUGCAAAAAGAUGGUGUUACACCUCCAGCCUCCACUGUUCCAGUCACAACAGAUUACCCUGGUGAAUGUGGGUUUCAGCUCAGAUUCCAAAAGUCUGGAACGGCAAAAUCGGUGACCUCAACUUACUCAGAGGUGCUCAACAAACUGUACUGUCAGCUGGCAAAGACCAGUCCCAUUGAGGUGCUGGUGAGCAAGGAGCCUCCUCAGGGUGCUGUACUCAGGGCUACCGCCGUGUACAAGAAGACUGAGCACGUGGCUGAUGUUGUUCGCAGAUGUCCCCAUCACCAGAACGAGGACGUCUCUUCAGCUGUGGAGCAUCGCAGCCAUCUGAUCAGAGUGGAGGGCAAUCAGAGGGCUCAGUAUUUUGAAGAUCUACACACAAAGAGACAGAGUGUGACUGUACCAUAUGAGCCUCCACAGUUGGGCUCAGAGAUGACCACUAUCCUGCUGAGCUUCAUGUGCAACAGCUCCUGCAUGGGCGGGAUGAACCGCAGACCUAUCCUCACCAUCCUGACCCUGGAGACUCCAGAGGGGCUGGUUUUGGGCCGGAGGUGCUUCGAGGUGCGCGUCUGCGCUUGUCCAGGCAGGGACCGUAAAACUGAGGAGGACAAUAAACAGAAGAAGGAGAGCGGCACCAAAGAGACGAAAAAACGAAAGAGCGCACCACCUCCGGACACCACAUCCACAAAGAAGUCCAAAUGUACCUCCAGUGCUGAGGAGGACGACAAGGAGGUUUUUCUCCUCCCUGUUCGUGGGCGUGAGCGUUACGAGAUGUUGAAGAAGAUCAAUGACGGUUUGGAGCUGCUUGACAAGGACAGCAAAAGCAAGUCAAAGGUCUCAGUGAAGCAUGAGGUUCCUGUACCCUCCAGUGGAAAGAGGCUGCUGCAGAGAGGAGAGAGGAGUGACAGCGACUAAGAUGCCCAUCACCUCAAUUUCGAAAACAAACGUCACGUUUUUGUCUCAGCCUUCAGGUUUCUUUCAGGUUUCAGGUUUCAGGUUGCCAUCCUGCCUCAGUUAAACGGUUCCUGAAACUGUACUGCCUGAUCAGUCACUGUAGACUGACAUACUCUUGUGUUCAGUUAUGUUUUUCUUUUCUUUUUUU